AUUGUGUGCUCAAAUUAGUGGGAGAAACGUGUUAAUAUUAAUAUGCAUAAAUGUGUAUGUAUUAACUACAUAAUAGGUACGCACAUGCAUGCAAUAUUUUUUGCAGUAUUUGAAUACCUCUUUAUAUGGUGCAGCUUCAUUUAGGAUAUGAUAUAAUUACUGAAUUAACUUAGUUUCCAAAGUUACGUGCACCUGAUUGUUUGUACUACUUACUAAAAAGAACUCAUUUGUGCUUGUAUGAAUACACAUAAAUGUCUCUUUAAUAUGUACUCUUUCAGUCCAAAUUAUUUAAUGUGCAAUAUUUUCUGCAGUAUUUGAAUACCUCAUUUGUGCUUCUUUCUUAGGUGCAAGUAAAACAGUGUCUUUUUGUAUUAGAAUCUAUUAUGGUUUUGAGAAUUAAGAAGAUUGAGUUCUUUCAAAAAAUAUCCAGUAAAAUUAGGACAAAAGGUUGGAGGAUAAUAUGAUCUUAGUCUGGGUUGUCUUUCCCUUUUUUCUUCAGAAAUGUUUAAGGAGAGGGGUGGAGUGAAUAAUGUGGAUUAGUGUUGCAUGACCGAGUAGCAACCUUAAUCCGCUAGGUUUGAUACUGGAAUUCAAGAAUCAAUUUAGCCCUUGAAACUUAAAAGUAGAUACUGCCAUGAGCAUUUUCAGAUAACUAGUCAUCUCAGUUAUGUUAGAUAUUGACUAGAAUUACAUUAUAAAUUUAUUACUGUAAUUGUCUAUUCGUUAGCAGAUAUGCUAGACUGAAUUGAAAUGAUGCAGUCAGAAUUCCUGACAUUAAGGUUCUUUUCACUUCUUCUCAAACUUAUUCACGUAGAGAUAAAAAAUUUAACUGUGUUUUUUUUUCCACUGCUGGACUUUUGCUUAGACCCAUACGAUUUAGCUUUUUCAUCAUCUUUUAAAUUUUGGGAAGUCAUCUGUUUGCAUAAAUGUACUAGCAGUUUGGCUGAAAUUGUGAAACAAUAGGAAAAGGUGCUCCUAACUUACCGAAUUAUACUUUUACCGAAUUUGAAUGCGAAAUCUUGGUGAUGUUCGAUCUAAAGUUCGAGUAUCCUGCUCGGCUAUUUUAGGUUGGAGAGUAUUAUAGUCCAGAUUUUUUCCCCAGUAAACUUAAAAAGGCUUAUUUUCGCACAAAUUCUUUAAAGAGGUAUAAAAGAUAACCAGUACCCGAAAUGAUACUAUUUGUGCAAAUCACCCUGAUUUUCCUUACUGAAGGCGCAUAUCCAGCAAAACCCAAAGCCAGCACAAACAAGAGAAAUAUUAGGGAAAGACUAGUCAGUUAGUCUAAAGGCAAAAGGGUCAAUAGCACUUCAGUAGGAACUCAUUUAUGAUAAUGCCCAAGAACCACAAUAGUAGUGACAAGAGUAUGAAGAUACUCAAGAAAGAUCCCUUUUCCAUGUGUAUGUUAAAGACUACAUAUUGGUUUGAAAUGCGAGGAGGCUGCACUGCCUCAUAUCGCCAUUUCCAUGCAUUUCUCUCUAUGUGAGCGGCUGUAAUUAAGGUUGUUCCUAUUCGUGAAUCUUGAUUGCUGUAAUCUCGUGUUUUAAAUUUAUUAGUAUCCUCAAUUCUUGACUGUUUAUUGCUGUAAUCUCUUGUUUUAAAUUUGUUACUAUCCUCAAUUCUUGACUGUUAUUGCUGUAAUCUCUUGUUUUAAAUUUGUUACUAUCUUCGGUUCAUAACUGUUUAAUUGCUGAUUGAAGAAUAUGAAUUACUGUAAUCUCGUGUUUUAUUAAAUAGUCCCUACUCACCACCCACUUUUCCCUUUGCCAUUUACUUCCAUUGCAGCCAAAGCAUUUCCCUAGAUUCACAUAUGGGUGAGUGUUAAUCCCUGCAUUCGUUUCUUGAUAUAUUAUGGUGUAUGCUAAUAAGAGGGACGCCAAAAAGUUGGUGCCUUUUCGUCGUAAAAUAACUUAGUUGGUUUAUUUUGAUUAUACCAUUGAAACUACCACCUUGAUGGUCAUGCAUGUAUCCAUGAGGAUUCAUAUUUCUUUCCUUUUCUGAUCAGUCAUAUAUGUCUUUCCUAUGUUAUGUUUUUGGCAUCAGAUUUUGAUUUUGAUGAGAUCUGGCCACAAUCUGUCGUAGAAUAUGACUUCAUUGAGUUGUGUCAUUCUCUACAAUCAGAUCUGUGAUUCUGAAUUUACAAAUUUUGGGGAGUAAGGGAAGGAUGAAGUGAAGAGGAUACGAGAUAUCAGAGAGAGCACCCUAAAAAGGAAAAAAAAGGUUUUACAUGUGUUACAAACUUUUUCGGGUGAUUGUCAUUGAUCUUUUAGUUCAGAUUAAUUCGAUACCGGUGAUGCUCCUUUUCUUCUUGAAGGACACUAGCUUAUAAUGAAAAAAACCCGUUGGAUAGAUACUGCUCUAAGGCAAGAGAGAUGACUUUGCAGUUUAUCUAACAUUACUUACUGCUUCCAGAUACUGCUAAACUUCUUUUGUUGUUCGUCAGCCUGAGCUAUGACUUUUAUUUUUGCAGACUGAAAUUUUGCUGUCUCGUGUCUACUUAAGGGAACAUUUGCUACACUUGAGAUGGAGAGCUCCAACUCUAAUGCUGAAAACUCGACCUUCAGUGGAACUCUUAAUGCUAGUGCUAAUUCAACUCCUACUAAUAUGCCAAGAAAUGGCACUAUCCAGUCCCAUAUUGAGGAAGUGCAGGCCGAACUCGGACAGAAUGAUCGUGCAUCAGCUGAAUUCGUGUCUAACCAGGAGGAUGUAAACCAUUCUUCUCAUGCUGAAUUUUGCUUAGUAUGUCAACGAGUGAUUUCUGGGAGCACGACGUUGAAUUCCUUGCUUGAACAUACUCAUGAUCUCCUUUCUGCUAAUGCUGGUGGCGGAGAGAGAACGGCCGAUGUGGUCGAUUCAUCUACACAAACCAUGAUUCCAGAAAGUGAAGGUGAACUGGAAGAAGAAGGUGAAAAUGGUGGGCAGGAUCCUACUAUUGACAAUGAGCUCUUAAUGGAAUUGGAACUCUACGAGCAUAUGAGAAAUGUUAUUGCUGCAUUGAGGCACACAACUUUUCCGGUAUACAUUAAGCUGCAUAAGUACGACUCGUCAACAUGUCUUGAGAGCGAGGAACAGUGCUGCAUAUGCUUGGAUGAGUAUUGGGACGGGGAAGAACUUGCAAAAAUUGAUUGUGGCCAUGUAUACCAUAUUAACUGCAUCAAAGACUGGAUCAAGAUCGAGAACUCUUGCCCCAUUUGCAGGAGGCUCGCUAUGGUACAUUGAGAAUCCGUGCAUUCCAUGUGCACUCGGCUGCAACUAAUCAGUUUAGUUCGAGCUGGGUGAACUAACUUGUGGCAUCGUUCUGAAUUUUCUUGUUUGAUAAAGCUCAAGAGAGUCGAGCGAAACUUAAAAAUAAGGAACCGUUCUCGGAUAGAGAAAACAAUGGUCUUUGGUCUUUUAGUUUUUAUUUGUUUAUCGGUGAUAAUAAGUUUAGCGAGACAUCGAAGCUAAGCAUAACUUUGGUACUCAUGUUGGUUUGAGUGGUUGAUAUCCAAAAAAUUUGAUUCUUAUGGAUAUUUUCUGCAGGUUUUUGAAUA